AUGGACGUAAAAUCCCUUCAGCGAGGAGGUACUAGUAGUACGAAUGUCAAAAGAAACGCAAACGCAGCUACCGGUGGUAACACUUCUACCGGUAGCUCUUGGGUGAAGGGCCCCUGGGGUGUUUGCUUCCCUCCCCAACUACAUGUAAAUGUGCAACAACUCACUGACAGAUUGAAACUCGAACCCGCUCCCAAACUGAGUAAUAACAACAAGAACAGGAACACAUCUCCUACUUCUGUCAGCAGUUCCAACAGUAGCCCAUCUACCACUUCCUCUACCACCACCAAGCACAAGAACAAAUCUUCGCGGCACCACCACCAUCAUCAAAACCAGCACCAGCAAAACGAGCAACACCAAUGUGUAUCGAACAAUCACAGCGAGCGCGGAUACGAGUUCGAACACAAGGAAGACACGGAAGGAAACAUUUACGUGAUGCCACUCGAGCAAGCAGCCGCCUUUGCCUUUUCGGAUGACGACUCGGAGGCUUCAUGGUCGUCUCAGAACGCCGUCAAGUUCAACAAAAAGUUGAAGCCCAAGGUGGCUGAUCACGGCUUGAGUGCUUGUGCGAGCAAGGAAGCCAGGACACUGGCGGAUCCAGCCGCUUACGAGUGGGAACAUGCUUGGGGUACCAAACCAAGCGACUCCUCCACGGGAUCACGAGAAGAUACUGCGGAACACAGGGCACCGUCGUCUAAAGACAACAACCACAAUAGCAAUGGUCGUUCCGCUUGGCACUCGGAGAAGAGAGAUGAAAGCGAACAGCCUGUUCCUUCUCCAUCAGCUGUCCUCAGCAACGAGUCACAGAUGUGGUCGCUGAACCUUGACAUGACAGAUCAGGACGAAUACUCCGAAUUGCAGCCUACAUCGGGGACCAAGUCAAUCAAAUCGACCUCUGGCUCAACGUUGGCUGUAGCGACCACAAGGAGUGAAAGCUUGAACACGCAGCAGUCACACAUUGGAAAACAAAGAAAGUCGGUGCGAUUUACAGAACCUCUGGUAACAUGCCAGUACUUUAGACCCAAGACCCGCCCAGAGGACGUGAGCUUGCUCUACUUUGACGAAGAUGAGCUCGAACUACUGGAGGAAGACCGAGAAAAUACAUCGAGAGACCAGUUUGAAAUGAUUGCACAAGAACUCUCGGAGAAUCGACUACGAAUCUCCAUUGCCUAUCAAAACCGCUGGCGCGACCACCAACGACGAAGGAGCGGGCAUUCAUCGGCUGCGGCAACGACCUCGGUCUCAGCGUCGUCCUCCAAUCUUCUCGUGACGAAUUCGACAAGUGACGUUUAG